AUGGUUGUGCUUCGCGCGUGGGUUCUCGCAUUGGCGUCUGCGUUGCUUGCAGCGCGCGCUGCAGCGGUGAUCGCGACGCGAGAAGCGGCGCGGGCCGAAGAUGCGUUUCAGAAAUCAUGCGGCGGGGCUUGCGCGCAGGCGUUCGAAGCACUGGCGGGCGCCAGCCCGGCCGUCGCGCCGACUGCAGUAGACGUCAAUGACGCGCUGGUUGCUUUGGCCACGCAGUCGCUUCUCCAGGCGCGGCGCGCCACUCAGCAUGCAGGGCUGAAGUUGGCAGCGAGCCGCCGCGCGUCUGGCUCGAGCCCGUCGCCUGGAAGCGAUACGGCGUGCGCCACCCCGGCCAGGUGUCGCCUGAAAGAAGCAAUGGCGAACAGGUGCAAUUAUGGUCGCGAGGCUUUGCAGGCGACUUACGAGGGCGUGAACGCAGCGGCGCACGUGAUGGGGUCAUUAAUCAGUUCAUUGUGCGGAUGCAUUUUCGUCAGAGGGCAAGCCAUUUGCGCGUUGCAGAAUAUUGCGCCAGUCUGUGUGUUCCCGUAUAAUGUUUAUGCCAAGACGCUGUCGGGAUCCACUCAGAUUUGGGAAUCAGUGAAAGCGGCGACGAGAUCUUGCGUGAUCCACGGGGACCCAGCGAUCGCUUCGUGA